AUGUCUUUUUUGUUGCCUUCCAUUAUGAUUAUCCUGGUUGAGGUGCUGAUAGCAUUGGUGCGGGCAACAGAAGACAAAGAAGUUCAGGGCGGCAGCGACGUUACUUUCUUCGGCUGGAGAGUACCUACAUGGAUUGUUGAUCUAUACAAACAUCUUGGGGGCUUUGGAUUUGCAAUGGGCAUAGCAUGGCUCUUAGCAGAUUCGCUGAAGUGCUAUGUUGGCUCCCUGCGGCCUCACUUCCUCGAUGCAUGUCAGCCUAACUGGGACCAGGUGAAAUGCAAGGGAGACCAUAAUGAGUAUAUCUACGUAGAGGAUUUCCAUUGCUCGAAUGAUGCUCACGCCGUUGAAGAUGCUCGUCGUUCUUUCCCUUCUGGCCACAGCACGUACAGCAUGUGCGGCAUGAUCUUUGGUAUUCUCUACUUGCAGGCUCGUUUCCGCUGGCAUCAACAGCAGACAGCCCCUAAACGUCGUCUUAGGACAAGACAGGGGCUAUUUGGGGCCAUUGUUGAGAAGAUCUACUGGCUGGUGCAAGCCCUUGUGCCCGGUCUCCAGGCUCUGAUGUUCCUCUAUGCCCUUUUCGUGCCCGCAACACGUGUGCUAGAACAUUUCCAUCAUGUUCGUGAUGUAUGCACCGGCAUGCUUAUUGGGGGGAGUAUGGCGGUAUUUGGGGCCUUCUUUAUCAUCGAUAUCCGCGCAUAA